AUGUUUUCGUUUAUAGCAAAGACCGCUGGCUGUGCACCAAAGGCUGGAGGAAUGCUAUCAAAAUUUGCCACAAGAGGAUUGAAAAGGCCAGAGAUCAUGGGGAUGAGACAGUUAACGUUUAAGAAUGGAUUCCAUACUAGACCUACAUUUACAAAUUCCGCAUUUUGGGACCAUGGACAUACUGGAUCGGUUGCACAGACAAUGAGUUUUCGUAAUGCGCAGAAUUCCAACCUUGGAACAACAGGUCUUCUUCUUGGAAUUAUGGGAUUAAGUGCUACUUAUCUUAUCCAUCACAACCCAAUCUUGAAUGAUUCUGCAAAUAUUUAUAGUGUGGAAGGUCUUCCUCCUGCGCCUAAAGGGUAUGAGUAUGUGAAAGUGCCGGAGAAGCCAAAAUUUGACAAAUUAUUUGGUGGACGACUUAAUUAUAAAGAAUUAACUCUUGGCUCGAUGUUUGGAUUGAUUUCUGGAUUGAUCGUUGGGCAGUUGAGUACUGUCUUUGUGUUUAUUGCCUUGGGAGCCUAUUUGGCAGCUCAAUAUCUUCAUGCUCAGGGAAUUUUAACCGUUCCUGUCACGAAAAUCAUCAAAGUUGGAUCGGAGGACAUUGAUGUUCGACAGAUGGUGUUUGACCAGCCAAGCUUCAGCAUUACGUACAUUCUCAGCUUCUUAAUCGCAGCAUACAAUGUUUAA